GAGGGGUGGGAUAUCUUCCGUGCGACCACGAUCACAGUUCGUGGUGCAAGGAAGCGCUGGGUGCUGCGGGAGUGAGACAUCGGCGAGUGGUGGCGAAGCGCGUCUGGAUAGAGAGUAGCGAAGCUUUAGCGGAGUGCGGUUGGGGGGGGGGGGGCAGCUAUGCGGGCAGGGUGGUGUUGUGCGCCCUGUGCUGCUGAGCGACAGUGGCAACAGCAGAAGCAACAGCAUCAGCGACGAGUGAGACGGCAGAAAGUGACAGUGCCCAAGGCGAAUUUCUCACGACUGUAGCAGCAGCAGCUGCUGCUGCUGCUGCGUGCGCACAAAGGAGUAGCUGGCACCAGCAGCCAGCCAUCGCCUCUACGUCCUGCGAUCACAACGCCCUCCCCCCCCCCACCCAACCCACACACAUCUCUCUCUCACAUGGCGAGAAGAGGAGGCAGCAGCAGCGGCAGCAGCAGCAGCAGCAUCGCCUUGUUGCAAGUCGCCUUCGGGACACUCGUCCUGCUCUGGGAAGAGUCUGUGGUGACGGUGGCGGUGCCGGUGGCAGCGCACGACCUCCACUGCGGCCCUGGACCCACGGACGUGUUCGUGGUGCCAGGGCGGCCGGUGCUGCUCGAUUGCCCAGCCAUCCGAUCGAGAUUGGGCUCAGGACUUGGUUCUGGUCAUCCUGGGCAAGGCUUCUUGGGCGGCAGCGGUGUGUUUGGUCACCGCGGGGGCAUUGUGGGUGGCAGGAGAGGCCCAGUUAACAUCAGCAAUGGUGGAGAACAGCCCCUAAACGUGACAUGGCGCAAAAACGGCAUGCCCCUGCUCCUCUCGGAGACCCUCAAUGUUUCGUCACGCUGGACACUGUUACCCAACGGAUCUAUAUUCCUGUCCCAAGCCCAGGAAUCUGAACAUGGUGGCGAAAACUCAGACAAGGGAGAAUAUGUGUGCGUCGCUCACAGACAAGAAGGUACUCUGGUCAGCCGCACGAUACAACUGGAAUUCGCAGCGCUGCCGCGGUUCCAGCAGCAUCCCGCGUCUCAGACGGUGCAGGAGGGCAGAGUGGCGCGUUUCCAGUGUCGGAUCCGAGGCCUGCCGGAGCCGAGCAUCCGCUGGGAGAAAAACCGUGCACCUAUCGUCACCGACGCCAGACACACAGAACUACCCAGCGGGGUGCUUCACGUGGGUGACGUGCGGCCGAGCGACGCUGGCCUCUACCGCUGCGUGGCCUCCAACACAGCACGGCGACGCACCAGCCCUGAGGCCAUCCUCACUGUGCAGCAGGUGACACUGAGGCCGCAGCCAGCGGACGUGAUUAUCGUGGCGCCGCCGGAGAACAGCACGGUGGUCGUCGGCCAGACGGCCGUGCUGGAAUGCUUCGCGCUGGGCCAGCCGCCUCCCAUAAUAUCGUGGUACCGCCUCGAUAACAAGCCGAUCGCUCUGGACAUUGUGCCACUGGGGAUUUACAGCCUGGUUAUACGGCGCGUCGAGAUUCACCACGCUGGCGUGUACGUGUGUCGUGCCAACAAACUGGGGGAGCGCAAGUUCGUGUCGGCCGCCGCUCAGCUCACCGUCUACGCGCCUCCAAUCAUCACGCAGCACCCGGAGACGAGCACGCAGAUGCGCGCCAGCACGGCUCGCUUCCUCUGCAGGUCCUCGGGGCAGCCCGUGCCGCGCCAGCGAUGGCUCAAGAACGGGCAGCCCGUCGUCUCCAACGGGAGGGUGAACGUGCAGAACGGAAACCUCAUCAUCAACCAGGUGAGGGCAGACGAUGCCGGCUACUACCAGUGCAUGGCAGAGAGCCCGCUGGGCAGCGCGUGUGCCCUCGCUGUGCUCAAGGUGAGCGUGCUGGAGAGCCUCCUGUCGCCGCCUCACCACCUCACCGCCUCGUCGCUCUCCAACACCUCCGUGUUGCUGUCAUGGGAGCGGCCGCUGCAGCACAGCGAGCGCAUCAUCGGCUUCUCUCUUCACUACCAGCGUGCGACAGGAAUCAACAACAAAGAAUACCAGGAGGCGGUGAAUAAUGACACGACACAGUACCUGAUUGAGGACCUGGAACCCAACACCAAUUACACCUUCUAUGUGGUCGCCUACUCCCAGCGUGGGGCGAGUAGCAGCUCGGGGUACCUCGCGGUGCACACCCUGGAGGGAGUGCCGAUGGGUGCUCCCCACAUCUCGCUGUUGAGCAGGAGCGCUAACAACAUCGCUGUCACCUGGCUGCCCCUGAGCGGCGACCUGAGCCGAGGUCGCGUCAUCAAAUACCGCGUCGAGUACUUCACCCAGAGUGAAGACGCGGCGCGGUACGUGGAGGUGAAUGGCUCCGAGACGCAGGCGGUGCUCGGCGGCGUGCUGCCCAACCGCGUGUACAAGGUGCGCAUCACGGCCGCGAGCGCUGCCGGGUACGGUGCGCCUUCAGAGUGGAUGCAGUACCGCACACCGCCAUCGAUCAAUCGCAGAGUGCCCCUGGCCCCAGCAGAGCUGAAGGUGGAGGCGAAGCCGACCUCGUUGUGGGUCAUCUGGUUGCCACCCACCAACAUGAGUGGCGUGCGUGGCUACCGCAUCUUCUACCGCAAGGCCCACAGCACGGAUGAGGCACAGCCACCAGAGUCCAACAGGGAUGGAGGACGAAUGUCCACGCUGAUUCACAAGGACGUGUGGAUGUUUGGGCCUGUGUCGCUCCGCCGCAGGACCCGGCAGUUCAAGAUCACCGGCCUCGAGCACGACACUCUGUACGAGGUGAAGCUGGUGGCAUACAACAAGCACAGCGAUGGCUACGCCGCGGUGUGGAAGGGGAAGACAUCACGGAGUCCAAGCGUUGAUCCAUCCGUACAGCCCAACGUGCCGCUGCCUCCCACUCACAUCACGGCCACCCCCAACGGCUCGACCACCAUGUGGCUGCACUGGAGGAAGCCCCUCUUCUCCGCCGCCAAGAUCGUCAACUACACCGUCCGUUGCAGCCCCAGCGAAGUGUUUAAUGCCUCAUACGUCCUCUAUUUCACGUGCACAUCAGAAGAGCUGCUGCUGAGCGGCCUCAAGCCGUAUACGCGCUACAUCUUCGCAGUGCAGUCCCACGGCGCUGACAUCCACGGGCCGUUUGGAGCCAGCGUGGAGCAGAGCACGCUGCCUGACAGGCCUUCCGAUCCCCCCAAAGACAUCAAGCUGAGAGCCAUGGAUUCCAGCCGCGUGCUGGUGUGCUGGCAGCCCCCAGCUGAGCCCAACGGAGUUAUCUUGGAGUACGUCAUACUAUACAACACCAACCACAGUCAGCCCUACGAUGUAUGGGCCUUCUUGCUCAGACCAGGGAGCGUUCUCAGGGCGGAGGUGAAGGGGCUGCAGGGCGCUACGCGUUACUUCUUCAAGCUGGGCGCACGCACCGUGGUGGGGGGCGGGCCCUACUCGCCCGUGCAGGAGGUGAACACUCCCCCCACGGGCAUGUUCUCAAGCACCAGCUUGCACCUGUUGGUGGGCGUGAUGGCCGGGGUGUGUGUGACACUGGGCGGCUCCGUUGUCUGUGGCAUACGCCUUCUCCACCAUCACAAAGCACGGCAAAGAGCAUCGUCGUCAUCUGUGCCACGAAGGAUGGCUGGCUCUCCCUCCGUGCAACACGGGAAGCAUGAGGCAUCAGCAGCAGAAGCUGCCCCUGAGGCCUAUGAGCUGGAGACUCUGAUGACACCACACAGCAAUGGUCAUGCAAUCCCAUUCUGCAGUGCGGCAAGAGGAAUAACAACCCCUGACACUCUGCUUGUUCAAUUGCGAGCCACACAUCCAACCGCGUUGGAGGCAGAGCUGCAGAGUUUAAUGAGCACCUCUCAAUAUCGUAGUUUGGACAGCCCACAGCAGCUGAUUAAGACAAACACUGCCGAAGGAGCAUCAGAGUACUCUGAGAUGGAGGUCACCGACAACCAGACAUCGCCAUGCGCAUUUCAAAAGCUGCCAGAUGAAGCGGACUUUUUCAACUCUGAAGACUCUUACGGCAACGCCGCGACUGGCCGUGCUCAGGACCCAGUUAAGGACAUUUCCAGUGUAACAGAACACUGUGCUAUCACUGCCUGCACCGAGGCUCAGGGCGACGUCCGCAAUGGCAACGGAGAUGUUGGAGUUCCAGCUCCAGCUUUGUGUACUAAAGACUUCAGCGAACUUUCCGCUCCUCGCCGGCACGCUCAGAGUAGUGGCGUCUCAACUGCCGAGGCUCCUGUUUCUGAACGGCAUUUGGAGCCAGUUGGUCGCCGCGGUUCGCAAGCAGCUUCAUCGCAGCGACUCGCAGAGGCAGGGUUGAGCCCCUGCUCCAGAAACAAACACGACACCCUUCACGUCAUCACUACCUCAGCUUUAAUUCACCACAACCCAUAGAUCCCACACCAGAAUAUCAUGUCAACAACUACAGGCAUCUCAGGUCUUUGGGGGGGGAGUCUCACAUGCCCGUAAUUGCACUCCAGGAGUGCUCUUUUAAAUAAUACAAGCAUUUUCCGGACUUAACAUUCAAUACAACCGUGUCUUCUGUUGAUCUCUUCAGGGUUUAACACAUGCCUUUUGUUUUAUUGAUGUUGUUACUCACUGAUACAUAUUGACUGGAAUUGUUUAAAUGACUGGAUCUUUUUUUGGACACGUUAACCUAUAUCAUCUACAACAGCAUCAGAAUGUCAGAGUGUUACUAUGAUGUAAAAUGUUUUUUUAUUCUUAUUAUUUAGAGUGGCCAAAAGAAAAAAAAUAUAUAGUCAUGUGUCUACUGUAAUGUUUUUUAUAACCGUUGUUUUUUAAAAUCAUGACACUAAACUACCUCAAAUUUUCAAACCGAAUUGUGGACGGUUUUAGUAUCCAAAGUUCACUCGGGCAAAGAAAAGAUACCAUGUAUGAUUAGGAAAGUUAAUUUAGUGAAGUUAUGUUGCAUACAUUUUUCAGAAAAUAACACUAUUUUAACAACAGAACAGUUACAACGCCUGACUUUUCAUUGAAUACUUUCCUGAUCAUUUCCAAAAAAAGAUAAUAUCAAGUCAAGUCAAAGUGUCUCAAAAGUGUCUGCAGUGAAUAUUCGGGAUGGCACUCAUUUCCAUUGGCAGCCAUUAACAAAUGACGGAAAUUCCAUAUUCCUGUAAAGGAGAGCCGACACCAGGUUGCAGGGGGUUCGUCUUUUAUUCAUUUUCUCCCAUCCACACCUGUCCCCAGCCACCUCAAUCUCGUUCCCCCCAAGAUUCCCUCUUCCCGCCCGUUCGCUUCCCUUAUAUCUCCUCGCUUGCUCCUUCUCCUGUCACCGUCCCACUCCCCCUCCUAUUGGUGGGAAUCCUUCCCCCGGACACCCCGACAUUCCCAUCGUGGGGACCAGGUUCUCCUCAGGUCGACCACUGAUGUAAUUUUACCUUGUGGUUACUGAUUUUAUCGGUCAUGGGGGGAUAAUAUGCUGGGUUGACUUCCAAUUAUGAGUAAACUACUCCAACUGACAGCACUGCCAAUAUUAUUUAAUGUUGGUUUGGAUGUUUGUGUUUAAGUGCUUAUUCCAGUUACCUUACGAAAACUUACACAAAAGCACACAUAUCUAUUGGAAUCAUAGAGAUUGCGGAACAAGAAAACUUGGCGAGUUUCAUUCUGCUUUUGCAGGAACGUUCCAGGUGACCUGUGAGAAUGUUAUAUGUGACAACGUUAUUCGGGUGGAUUUUAUGCAUCACAAAUUAUAUUCCUAAUCAUCCCAGUACUUUAGGUGAUUGAGUGUAGAACAUCAGUGGAUGUUCUUACCUCAAUUCAACUACCUCGGUGUCUUUCAUGAAAGUGGCAGAACAUUCAAGCCAUGCUUGUGUAUCAUUUCAUCACAAAUUGUACUAUUUUACAACAGUUUCAGUCUCUCUAUCCCCUGACAGGAUUAUUUUUUCAUAAUAUGUAAGCAGGGUGUCGCUAUGGUGUAAUGGCUAUCACGCUUGAUUUGCAAUCCAGAGGUUGCCUGUUCGUUUAAUCAAUCUAACCGCCCGUGUUUACCUAGUACCGCACUUAGUCGAGCAGCACUUUUCACGUGGCAGGGUAGAGUGUGGGUAACUACCACGUCUUCCAAGAGUAGGCCAAAAUACCCUCCAAAGGUCCUCCCUAGAUCUCCCUGUACUGCAGUGGAGACCACUCUGCCGGCAGUGACAUGUCCAAGAAACUGCAGGAUUGCGCCUGUACCGAAUAUGUGAGCAGGGUUCUGCCGUGGAGUUAUCCCACCCUCUCCAAUAAUGUAACCCAUUGGAGAGGGUGAGAUAACUCUCUGCAUAAAACAUCUAUCCUCUCAGCACAUGUUUUAACAAUGCUAUCAUUUUAACCACACUAAAGGAAUGCAGUUCACGCAUGCAUAUCAAUACAAGUGGGUGUCCAUGUGUGAGAGUGUAUAUAGCUAUCAGGUCAUCUGUGCAAGUGUACUUGUAUGGAUGUGAAUGUGAAUGGUGGUAUUUUAGCAGCAAUGUGGAUCAUAAUAGUGAGGUCACUGUUGAAGAAUUGUAGACAAUGUUUACUGUACUUGUAUAUUUUUCUUUUUAGUAGUCAUACGGCAUCUUAAUUCAAUAUUCAAAUUAUGUUGGUUGAAUCCAUGCAGAUAUGGUGUAUAAAACUACGUGUAGAAUUUGCGAAAUGUAGUUACGUGGCCAUCCGGAAUAUAUAACCGGCCAAGGAAAUAAUAAACCAAUACAAAUUUGGAUGCAUGCAGUGUCUAAAUGCAACACUGUACAGAAACAGGGGGCAUACGUGCUUUAUAGAAAGAGGCUUACAGUCGUUGAGUCUGGUCUUGAACAUGAAGAAGGGAGUUGGAUGGCUGUGGGGAAGUAAGUUUCAGACAAACUAUGAGGGUCAACAGAGGAGAAUGAAUGACCUCCUACUCAGCAAAGGUUGACUGGGGGCUUCAAAAGACGCCUUGAUUACUGAAGUGGCAAGUGCAUGGAGGGGAGUGGUGUGAGAUGAGAGGGGAGAGGUAGUCAGGGGAAAGUCCAUGAAGAACCUUGAAGACAGUGAGUGCGAUCUUGAAUUGAUCCAGGUUUAAUUGGGAACCAGUGAAGCGAUUGGAGUGUUCGGGGCAGUGUGGUCUCAUUGACAGAUGUUGGUGAGAAGUCUAGCAGCACGAUAUCGGAUCAGCUAAAGGAGUAUGGAAUGCGUAGAUGAGGGAGUUACAAUCGUGAAGUUGGAGUGUAAGGAAAUGGCAGAUACACAAGAUGUUGGACAGAUGGAGUUAUGAGGUCCUGAAGAAAUAUGUUGGAAGAGAAGAAGCCUUGGAAUCCAAUGACAAUUCCAAGAUGGUGCACACUAUUUACCAUUGUAAUGUCAGGGCCUCCAGAGACAAAUACUCCAAUUGUAGUAUUUCUGUUUUUCAGUUUUGGCAACAUUUAUCUGACGGAAUACAACAAAAUCCAAGAUGAGACUGUGUCAAGGCAGAAUGUGAGAGUGGCUGGUGGAGUCAAUAUAUAGCUCGGUGUCAUCAGCAUAGAAAUGAUUAUCGACAUUAAAAGGGCAGAUUAUGUUUCCAUGCAGGAGAUGUGUUGAAAAGAGCCAAGGGGCGAGGAUAGUGCACAAAUUGGUAGAAACUUUAGAGUAAACUACAUCUAUUUUUAAAACCAAAAUACGUAUUUUUGUUGUCGCUUAGUACCUGUUUGCAUGAACUGAUUUCCAUGCAGAGUAUGCUAGUUUUAUUUAUGGAUGAUCAGGUUCACUGGACUUGUUUACAAUAUAGUGCUAUGGGGAUAAAAAAGCUUAAAUUUAAGAACAUGUAUAUAAGAGGUGUUUGCUACGAAUACCAUCUGUAUUAUUUAACUGGGUGCAGAUUGACAAGUUUGAUAAAUCAGGUUAGUUUCACUGGCAUAAUCCAGUCGGAAACCAGGAUUCCAGGAGUGUUGGGUCACGAGCCUCAACUGAUUCCCCUGUCUUUUAGACUCACGAGCUUGAGGCGCAUCCACACCUGAGCGAUUUGUUUGCGCGACUUGGUUGCAUGCAACUAAUCGCUUAUAUGUGUACGUCUCUUGCCAUUUGCAAGCAGUCGCGCGACAGAUGUUGCUCAAAGUAAAGACAGAUUCUACGUUCAAGUGAUCCGCUCAGUGAUUCGUCGUGACCACGGGAGUUUAUCACGUGUACUUUUGAAUAGUUGUUACAAUUGUGACGUGUUUGAGGGGUGGGGCUACCCAGAAAAGGGGUGGGGCUAUAGUGUAAAGGGCAUGGCCAGGAACACUCUAGCUACACCUAGACACACCCUUGUUGCCCAACUCAUCGCUUAUAUUGUGGACAAAGCCGUGGCAGGCGGUCAAGUUGCACGAUUUGGUUGUGCAACAUUGCUCGGGUGUGGACGUGCCUUGAGACCACCAUAUCCUGACCCCUCACGCUGAUUGCAUUCAUUUGUAACGCAUCGAUUCCUAAAGCAUUCAAUUGGUUGGCAGGAAAAUAUCGCAUGCAAGUUGGAUUGUAACAAUAAAACGCCUUUCCAAGGCAUCAAACAAGUUAGGAUAGCGCCCUGCCAUAGUGGUGUCGUACUGCCAAGUUACUGUAAAAUUUAUGUGCACUGUGAAAUUCAGGGGUGCCCACGGUGGUGAGACGUUCGAUCCUCAUUCUGACCCCGACGCCCGCUGUAUAUUUUGAGUCGACAUGUUCUCCCCGUGGUCGCGGGGAAUUCUCUCUGGGUCCUCCGUUUUUUCCUCCAUAUUUAGAAUCAACAUUCGUUUUGAGUAUUUGGCUGCAAUACAUUUCCGCAAACGAUAAGCCACUUCGUUGAGCUAUCAUUUGUGGCCAGGUCGCUUCUGAAAGAGGGCUCAGUGAGCCUUACCUGGUCAACUAAAAUAAAAAUAUGAUAGAAAUUCUGUCCACAUGUUAGUGUCACAUUGAGCAUGAUUAGAGAGACUCCAUGCAUGAUUCUCUCCAUUCCCUUCCAUGUCACUGUCUAUCUUUCUAUCUCCUUCCAAUUUCUCUCCCUAUGCUUCACUCGUGUCUUACAUGUCUUCCAUUUCAAGUUUCUCUUUCAUAAAGUUAAUGGUCCACUCAGUACCGCAUCCACACAAACCAUGGCAGAUGCGCAUGCCUGAUGCACAAAUGGAAAAUUAAAAAGUCUCUGGUGUGCGACUGUGGUCACCCAGAACAGACCAUAACACAUAUAACGACACAAUGCUCGAUCCACAAAUACGAAGGAGACAUCACAGAGAUACACUCCGCUACUCCCGCCCUGGUUAUCUUGUUCUAGUUCUGAAGCUUUCGUGAUUGCAAGGAUUCAUACUUUUUGGUCUUUUCGGUAAAGUCACGUAGGUAAAAUACAUGAAAACAACUCAAUUAAAUCACUGGUUAUCUUACUUGACCACCUGAAUGUGAAAUUGUAGCUUUUGCUCUGCGUCUACAUCAGCCAUCUGAAAGAAGAAGUGCACAUGUCUUCAUCUCACUCUCCCUCUCUCAGUCUCUUGAGUGUGUCUUAUUGAAUGCUUCUCGUGUCUCGCUUUGUAUUUUUCCGUUUCACAAUUUUUGUUAUCUGUAUCACUGUCUCUGUACUUUUAUGUUUCUCUUUGACACAAUCCCUCUCCAUAUAUUUCUAUCCCUCCAUUCAGCAAUACUGUCACUGCAUCUGUAUUCAUUCUGCCUGUAUUUGCGCUUGCAUCUACAGUGAGGGAAAAAAAGUAUUUGAUCCCCUGCUGAUUUUGUACGUUUACCCACUGAGAAAGAAAUUAUCAGUCUAUAAUUUUAAUGGUAGGUUUAUUUGAACAGUGAGAGACAGAAUAAAGGUCUGGAGACUGGCUAUGGCCACUCCAGGACCUUAAUGUGCUUCAUCUUGAGCCACUCCUUUGUUGCCUUGGCAGUGUGAUUUUGGGUCAUUGACAUGCUGGAAUACGCAUCCACGACCCAUUUUCAAUGCCCUGGCUGAGGGAAGGAGGUUCUCACCCAAGAUUUGACGGUACAUGGCCCCGUCCAUCGUCCCUUUGAUGCGGUGAAGUUGUCUUGUCCCCUUAACAGAAA